AUGACUUCAAAUGACCCACCAUAUAUAACUAACACGACUUCAAGUGACCCACCAUAUAUAACUAACACGACUACAAAAAGUUCCCUGAAUAUAUAUAGCAACGUCACAAGCGGCCCACCACCAAUUAUCAGUAACACGACCACAAAUGGCCCACCAUUAACUAUCAUCAACACAUCUACAAACGGCCCACUAACAACUAUAACUAGCACGACUACAAACGGCCCACCACCAACUAUAACUGGCACGACUACAAACGGCCCAUCACCAGCUAUCAAUAACACAUCUACAAACGGCCCACUAACAACUAUAACUGACACGACUACAAACGGCCUGCCACCUACCACUGGCACAAACAGCCCCGUGACUAUAUAUAGCAGCCCCACCAACGGCCCGCCAUUCACUAUCACUAGCACGACCUCAAAUGGAACUCCAGCUAACACCGACCAGACCACAAACGGUCCACCACCAGCUACCACUAACACGACGAGCCCGCAAACUGACACGUACCCGACCACGACCAGCUCUCUGACACCAAACACUUCUCCAUACGCCAUCGACGCGACCACAGAACCCCCGCCAACUACUAUCACUAGCGCAACCGGCCCGCCGACAACUGAAUCAAAUACGAGCAUCUAUCCGUAUGUUUAUUAUCUGGUGGUCCCACACACCACCGAAGACGCUCUGAUCCACGCACAAUCCACGCUGAACAUUUUCGUCUCCAUGACAACCACGGAGUCCCUCAACAUCUCCGCCAGCGUUUCCGUGUUUCACCCGCUGUGGGACAGGGUCAAGGUCACCGUCCAACCCGGAAGCGAGGUGACCAUCCCGCUGCGACCCC